CCAGAAGUUGUCCUUGUGUGCUUUUCCCCAAUUCCUAGGACAAGCUGAAGAGCUUUUAUAUGAAAUGGAGACUCAGCCAUCUGAUUACAGCUGGCUUGGGAUGGGACCUAAGGACCAGGAAAGGCAGCAAAAAAAAUUAUCCCAAUGGCAUUCGGCUCACGUCAGCUGUUCCAGGAGCAGAUAUCAAAGUACUCAUAAAUUUCAAUGCACCAAAUCCUCAGGACAGGAAGAAGUUUACAGAUGAUUUGAGGGAAUCAAUUGCAGAAGUUCAAGAAAUGGAAAAGCACAGAAUAGAGUCCGAGCUGGAGAAGCAGAAGGGGGUGGUGCGUCCCAGCAUGUCGCAGUGCUCCAGCCUGAAGAAGGACUCCGGGAACGGGACCCUGCCCCGGGCGUGCCUGGACGACAGCUACGCCGGCGGCGAGGGGCUGAAGCGGAGCGCGCUCAGCUCCUCCCUGCGCGACCUGUCCGAAGCAGGCAAGCGUGGGCGACGCAGCAGUGCAGGAUCGCUAGACAGCAAUAUGGAAGGGUCCAUCAUUAGCAGUCCUCACAUGCGCCGAAGAGCUACAUCAACCCGAGAGUGUCCAUCUCGCCCUCACCAGACUAUGCCCAACUCCUCCUCACUCCUAGGGUCCCUGUUCGGUAGCAAGAGGGGCAAGCCCCCCUCGCAGAGCCACGCGGCCGCGCAGACCCCGCACCACGCGGAGGGCGUGGCCGCCGCGCCGCACCCGCACCACGCGCAGUUCUGCCACCAGAACCCGCCGCCCUACCACCACCACCACCACUACCACCCGCCCCCGCCCCCGCACCCGCACCCGCACCAGUACCACCAGCACGGGCACGGCCACGGGCACGGCCCCUACCUGCCGCAUGCCCCGCACCACAGCCCGCACCACGGCCCGCACCACCACGGGCCGCCCCCGCCGCCCGCCGCCGCCAGCACCAAGCCCAAACACAGCGGCAUCAGCACCAUAGUCUAG